AUGCCGGAGCAGAGUUCUAAGAGCAGUGCUAGUUCAGUGAAAGGCUAUAAGAAAGGCGUGACUAAAACUCAGAAAAAAGAGGAGAAAAAGCGCAAGAGAUGUCGCAAAGAGAGCUAUUCACUUUAUAUCUAUAAAGUACUGAAACAAGUUCAUCCAGAUACUGGUAUUUCUUCAAAGGCUAUGAGUAUUAUGAAUUCACUUGUUACUGAUAUAUUUGAGCGCAUUGCAGCGGAGGCGUCCCGCCUGGCGCGUUACAACAAGUGUUCGACCGUCACAUCCAGGGAGAUCCAGACAGCAGUGCGCUUGCUGCUUCCUGGGGAGUUGGCCAAGCACGCAGUGUCCGAGGGCACCAAGGCUGUCAGUAAAUACAGUAGUUCCAAGUAG